ACAUUCACCAAAUCUGCCAUGCGCAGUAAGACGGGUGAGCAGCAGCGACAGGAAGUGUUGGACCUAAAAUUGAAAUCUGUCAGUGCUGAUCUUUGAUUUGGACAACAGCUCUGCUAUGGACUGGAUUGGUUUCGGCUAUGCUGCAGCCAUCGUUUUUGGUGGAUUUAUGGGAUACAAGAGAAAAGGCAGCGUGAUGUCCCUGAUUGCUGGUUUAGUUUUUGGUGGAUUAUCUGCGUAUGGAGCCUAUAACGUCUCCAAUGACCCAAAAGAUACCCUGGUGCUGUUGGCCUCCUCUGGGCUGCUGGGAGUGAUCAUGGGAAUGAGAUACAAGAAAUCAGGGAAAUUAAUGCCAGCAGGGAUUAUGUCGGGGCUAAGUUUGCUGAUGGUGUUUCGCCUGUUCCUUCUGACCAUAAUGUAACCGACCAAGCUGUACUGACCAGACUCAAGACGACUCUUGACUCUCGACAAGCAAGUCUAAACAAAAGGAAGCUGUUCUCCCAAAUCUGUAUUUUUGUGAGUUUUUAAGAGGAAUUUACUCAUGACCUCUAUGUGAGGCUGUGUGAUUGUAAGCAAAAUUGUGCAAAUGAACUCUAAUUUACCUAUUGUUAUGGCAAAUAUUUCUAAACACUGCAAUUUUUUUGUACUUUAUAUCUGUUAAUAAAAUGCAAAUAAAGAUCAGAAAUUUUAAA